AUGACUCUGGAGUCCAUGAUGGCUUGCUGCCUGAGCGAAGAGGCGAAGGAGUCGAAACGAAUCAAUGCAGAAAUUGACAAACAACUCCGCCGAGACAAGCGAGACUCCAGGAGAGAGCUGAAAUUACUGCUGCUCGGUACAGGAGAAAGUGGCAAGAGCACCUUCAUCAAGCAGAUGAGGAUCAUCCAUGGAGCUGGAUACUCUGAUGAAGAUAAAAGAGGCUUCAUUCGACUUGUUUACCAAAACAUCUUCACCUCCAUGCAGUCCAUGAUCCGCGCCACUGAGACCCUCAAGAUCCCCUACAAAUAUGAAGACAACCGGGCUAAUGCUAUGCUUGUGAAGGAGGUGGACAUUGAGAAGAUCAAUAGUUUUGAGCAACCAUACAUCACAGCUAUUAAAACCCUGUGGGCUGAUCCAGGAAUCCAGGAGGCCUACGACCGUCGCAGAGAAUACCAGCUCUCUGACUCCACAAAAUAUUAUCUUUCGGAUCUGGAUCGUAUUUCAGAUUCCAACUAUCUUCCCACACAGCAGGAUGUACUCAGGGUGCGCAUCCCCACUACAGGAAUCAUAGAGUACCCCUUCGACUUGCAAAGCAUCAUUUUCAGGAUGGUAGAUGUAGGGGGCCAGAGGUCAGAGAGGAGGAAGUGGAUUCACUGCUUUGAGAAUGUCACUUCCAUUAUGUUUCUUGUGGCGCUGAGUGAGUAUGAUCAGGUCCUGGUGGAGUCAGACAAUGAGAACCGCAUGGAAGAGAGUAAGGCUCUGUUCAGGACUAUCAUUACCUACCCCUGGUUUCAAAACUCCUCUGUCAUCCUCUUCCUUAAUAAGAAAGACCUGCUAGAGGAGAAGAUCACCUACUCGCACUUGGUGGACUACUUUCCCGAGUUUGAUGGUCCCCAGAGAGAUGCACAGGCGGCGCGGGAGUUCAUCCUCAAGAUGUUUGUGGACUUAAACCCAGACAGCGACAAGAUCAUCUAUUCUCACUUCACUUGUGCCACGGACACUGAGAACAUCCGCUUUGUGUUUGCAGCUGUCAAAGACACCAUCCUACAGCUCAAUCUCAAAGAGUACAACCUGGUGUGAGGGCUCAAAUGCGACGCACAUCUCCUCCCCCACUGCACAAAUGCACACCUCUUUAGGAAUGUGCCGUCAGCUCCACAUGCAUUACACAGCACAUCACUCCAGCUCACAUACACAAACACACACAGCCGCAGAUGUGCACGCAUGCACGCGCACACAAUCCCUCCCCCAACAGAACCGUUUUUUUUUUUUUUCUUCUUCUUCUUUCUCCCAGUACAGUGAACCCACAGAUCCUCCCACCUGCAGACGUUGCCCCUCUUCUUUCACCAAAGCCUCUUCCUCCUCCUCUCGGCAGCUUGCUGUGUUAGUCUUCAGUCCUCCCAAAGCUGCUCUGUGUGUGUGGGUGUGGAUUUGGCCCCGGCUGCUGGCUCUGGCACACAAACCGUUCACACGAGCUAUACAGUGACUGGAGGGGAUUUUGGUGUGUGUGUGUGUGUGUGUGUGUGUGUGUUUGUGUAUUGGGGGCAUCAUUGAUUAGAGAGGAUCUGUGUUUCGGUGAAUAGCGGCAUCAUACCCCCUGGCCCUUCGGAGUUUACCUUCAGCGGUGCGAGAGCAGAUCCUCCGUCGUCUCCUUUCCACGCUCCUGCCAGUGUGGAAUUAACAGAGUUCCAUAUUUUCUGACACCAUCCGAGGACCUGAGAGAUACUUCAGAGCGACUCGGUGGGGACGGGACUGAGGAUUCUGUCUCCAUCUUGCGUCUAUGAAUGUACCCACCAGUGUGAGCAUCGCAAUCAGAAAAAAUAGAAAAAAAAUAUAUUAUGAAGUAAAUGCAUAUGUAAACACUUAAAGGGGGGAGGGGGUCAGGGAGCAGGAGAUGGCUAAUCAAAAUCUGUUAAUUGCUGAGAUUUUUAAAAAAACACUUUUUAAUGUAUUUAACAAGUAUGAUUAAAUGGAGUGGUUGUAAGAAAAUUUUGCAAGGCGACAAAAAAAAAUUUAAAGAAGCAACCAGAAAUUUACUUGACAAUAGGUAUCGUUUUAAGAUCUUCUUUUUCUUUUUUAUGUUUAAGUUGAUCACAUGCUUCCCUCCUCCAGAUGUUAUCUAUAUGGAUUCACAGGAACAAUCUUCCAAAGUAUCAUCAGUGAAUCUGGCUCCACUGGUACACACCCAAUGCCCCAUUAUGAAACACUAAGUAGCGGGUGAGAGGACAGCUGCUUUCAAUGAGGCUCUGCUCUGAUUGGUGGAAGCGGAUGCGGAGGGGAGCUGAUGUCAUCAGUGUUCAGAGCACAUCUGCAGCUGCUGCGAGUAGCUUAAUUCCACAAAAACAAAAAAAGCUGCAGUGCCCGCACUCUAAGGCACGAGUAGAAUCCAUGCGGUAACAUCUGAUGACGUCACUCAGCCGUCCAAUCAGACACACUUCCUAUAACGGGAGGUGCUUCUGUUUACUUUCCUUAAUUUGUUUUGUUUUGUUUUUUUUAACUGUAUAGUCACUUUGUUUAUAAAAAGAAAAAAAAAGAUUGCUUAAUGUUGAGUGAUUUAGAGGAAGGGGUGGUUAUGAACCUUUCACAGAAAACACUCUAAAGUCUGCAAAUGUUUGUGUAUAUCUGUUUGUAAAUACAUAUACACAAAACACUCCUGUACAGAAACGCUCUGUGGUACACCAUCUUUGGCCAAAAAAAAAACAAACGUACAAAAAAAAGUAUUAGCAUACAUAUUUUUCUUUUGUGUUUUUCCUAUGAAUUUAUGGUAGUAUUGAUACUGUGAUUAUGGAUUUUUGUUCACUUGAUUAAUAGGACUACACGCAGCUGAUUGGUGUUUAGGAAACAAGCGGCAAGGGAGCAAGAAAGGGGGAUUUACUCCCAACCAGCCUCAGAACACCUCACUACUGCAUUAGCUCUGUCUCCAGAGUUAUUCUAACUAGGGCUGGUUUAAAAAAGAAUAUUCACAGUAUGGGGACAAGAUAAUUUUAAAAGUAAUUAAAGAUUUUUUUUUUUUUAUUUAUAUAAUUUAUGGACCAGGUUUGAAGGUGUUGAUAAUUUGACUGCUUUCGAUUUUGUUGAGUUUAAAGGCUCCUUUUUGGGUUUAGUUUUGUUUUUCCUCUCCUGGCGGAGCCUAACUUGAGUCUGAACUGCUGUAAAAAUGAAUGUCUGGUAUAGUAAGGAUCUUAUUUCUGCUUUCUCUUUCUUAUUGAGACAUUUCCAGUUGUACUUGCGAUGACAUCUCCAUUCAUGAUGAAACUGUUUUUCUUUAGGAGCCCUCACAUUUAAAUUUUUUUUUUUAAUUCAUAUUUUUCUCUGUUUAUAGAUGCAGUGCUGUAAUGAAUACCUAAGAAAAUGUACAGUAUGAACAUAGUUGGAUUUUUUUUUUUUUUUUUUUGGGGGGGGGCGUCUGGCUCUUGAGUAGUGCCAGUGAAGUAUGGAUAUACCUCCUUUUUUUUCCCUUCCAGUGUCUUUGACUUUUUCUACAGGUGACUUACCCUUCAUCCUCAUUAAGGGCUAUCACAGUGCAUAAGGCAUCAGACAGUGGGGAGUGGAGUACAGGACCACAGUGAACCAAGUCAUCCAAUACUAAUGUGUUUAUAAAUGGAGAUUACUUGCAGUAUGUGCUUUAAGAAGUAUAGGCAGGGUGUUUGUGUGUGUAGAGAGUUUACCACCACUAAGCAGUUUUCUUAAUGCAUUUAAGUAUCGGGCCCUACGGCCAACCUGAUCUUCACUACGUUUUGUUUGCAUUGGUAUCGCAGAGUUACCUGUGACGCCCUGUGCAGUAUAGAAACACUUAUCAGUAAAGACACUACUACCAGGACAAGUAUUGUGUGUUUUCCAGAGUAUUUGAGCUAUUGAGCUAUAGAUGAUAGCCAGGAAUUUCUUUUAGUGUGUGUGUGUGUGUGUGUGUGCAUAUUGUCCACAUUUAGAUGCUGAUUUUCUAGGCAGCCAUUACUGUCAGCUGAAGCUAGUAGAGGGGUCUGAUUUGCUCUGAAUUCGGCCUUUCUUUGCGUAGAAGUUGUUGCCGUGUGAUAGCUACCUCUUAAAUCAUGGACUUGGGCACAUAAACUUGGGCAACUUUUCCGCAUUGUCAGACUCGGCUGCGUUAUCACGUAAUUACAUAGACAACACUAAAUAUUCCCUGAGAAGUGGGACCUUUUUUUUUAAAGCCCCUUAACAUUUAAGUUUCUUGAAAUCCUCAUCCACUAUCCAAGAGCAGAGGUGUGUAGAAAUUUACAGUUUCUCUGAAGUGACUUGUUUGUUUUCUUUUCUUUCUUUCUUUCUUUUUUUCUUUUAAAUGAGCGGAAACCAAAGGCUACACAAGUCAGUAGUUCAACUUAAAAUGUAGGUAUGCUUCAAAAGUGCUAAGUGGUGAAAUAAUGUCUGAACAUUAAUGUAUACAUAUAUAUUUAAAGAAAAAAGAAAACACCAGUGUGGUUCUUAAUGGCCAUUUCUGUCUGCUGAAAAUGACCCUGCUUUUGUGGUGACAGCCAACUAUUUGGUCUGCUGUCUUAAGGAGGAAAUGAAGUGGGAUGACUAAAUCUGUAUAAAUCCCCAAGUAUUUAUCAGUAGUUGUGUUAUUAUUUACUGUGUGUGGAGUGCAGCUCACUUUAUUGGUGACGAAACAUUUCAAACUUGACUCUUCAACUCUGGCACAUGGCGAAGGGCCGCGUGGCUGUCGGUGUGGGUUUGUUAGCUUGUUAGCAGGCCAGCGUUGCACAGCAUGUUAUUUUUGUGACACAUUUUUGUCUCAACAUAUGAGCGGGAAAGGGGGAAGGCAGUUGUUAUGAUAAAUAAUUAUCCUGUCUUUAGCAUUAACUUGUUAAAACAAAAAAAGACUGUGUUUUCACUACAACACUUAUUUAUUGCCUUUCAUUGCCUUGACUAACAAGAGAUGGUAAACCUGGCCCUGUGCGGUUUUCCUUUUGCCACGUUUGGGCGAUCAGGGUUGUGUGGCGCCCCCUUCCCAUCGGCUCGUUGUUGGACUAAGGGGCAUCAAACGUAUCUUUUGGACAUCAGUGUGAAGUUGGUGCAUACUCAAAUGUUUCCCCCUCCCUUUUUUUUUUUUUCUUUUUUGGUGAUUUAUUUUUUUUUCUUCCUCUUUCUCUGUAUGAUAAGACAUUACCAGAACACUAUUUUAGGACCACUUGAUUUAAUUUCCCUCACUCCAGUGAAACCUGAAGGUCAAUUGUGUAGUGGUGUGUAUAAAAUGCUGUUUUGUUUUUUUUGUUUGUUUUUUUUCUUUCUCUCUUUAUUUUGUAUGUAAACCAAAUGUAAAUUAUGUAUUAUACUGAGUGUGCCAACCCCACUCUCUCUAGAGCCAGGCUCUCUCUCCAAGUGCCAACGCUGUGGUCAUUUAUCAAAAGGGCCACCACCCGAGAUGGUCCCCCUUUUUAAAUAAAACACACCAGAGACUAAUGACUCCAUGAUUUAAGUACACACGAAGACUUUAUUCUGUAUUUAAGAUCGAAGAUUUAGGAGAUAAUCUGCUGUUUUCUAAGAAACUGUAAUUAUAAUUGCAUGUGCUGUUUAUUUUGUGUUGGAAGUGAGGACUUGGAUGUUUUCACUGAAGCAGAGCCCUUUUACGAAGGGGUUUCAAUCAGUUGGUUAUUAUCAAUUUAUUGAUUUACAUAACUCUUGCCAUAUUUUUUUUUUUUUUAUGUGUUUCAUGUAUUUGUUUCAACCACUGUUGCCUGAUCCUCAUUCAAACAUGAACAUGACUUAUGAUCAUUGCCGCCUUCUAAGAGAGAAACAUAAUGACAAGGUAUCUGUUUUAAAUUGAAAUAAAUUUGUUCCUAUACUUGCU